AGAGGCAGAGAAAGCGGCUCACUCUUCAUCACAACAACUCAACAAAGCAAACCACAAAAACCUGCUAAGAAAUACUUUCUCCAGAAUAAGUAAAUAAUUAUUGUUGGUUAUUUUGUCAUUUUCUGCAUUGUUCUGUAGUUUGGACAGAGGGUUUGUUGAAAUGCCAGGGAAGAUGCAUUUAACUAUACCCGGUGCAGAAAGCGACAUGUAUCCGCAAGUACGUUCUAGUACGCCAUUAGCUGACAGAAAUGAUAAUUCUUUGAUAGAAGAUGAUGUUUCUGCACAAGCUACUAUUGUUGAGGCUGACUUGUGGAAUUGUAAGCUGAUCUUAGCUGCAUUAGAAGAAGCUGUCUUUGGUUUAUUCAAUCCCAAGAUUCCAGAACAAACUGUGCAAUUGCUAAAGGAGAAAUUGCUAGAUUUGAAAGGAGAAUUGGCUGUAGCAAACCCAUUCGAGGAGGGAGAAGGAGUCGGAUUUCUGCGACAGGAUUGUCAUUAUGAAGACUACAACAAACGUCAACAAGAAAAAUCAUGGAGUAUAAAUUCAAGAGAGGUACAAGAUUUACCAUCCCAGAAGAAGAACAUAAACAAGAAAUCCUGCCAAGAUUCAAAUUUAAACAUUCCGUCGGAUACCAAGAUCGUGUUGCGAGGCAUUGUAGGGAUCCAGUUGAAAAAAUUCGCGAAAGAGCUCAUUCACAUUUAUACUCCACUUUUAGAUUGUCAAAGUUCAUUACCGGAAACCGCUAGCGAGGAAGAUAUUCUGGAGAGGUUGAUGAAAGUAAACCAGCUUUUAGAAAAUGAAGAGGUGAAAUUUCAAGAAUUGGAUGAGAAAAAUAAAACUUUUCGAAAAGAAAAUUCCCGUAAAUGGAAAGCAUUGGAAACAGAAGUUCAAGAGUGCGAGUCUACUGUGGAAAAGUUGGACCAACUCAUCAACGAUGAAAAGAAUGAAGCCAGCUACAUUGAAUUCUUACGCCUAAGUAAAGAAGAGGCAGAAUUAAAGCUCCAAUGCAAUCGCCUGGAGGAAAUAAUUCAAUCUAAUCCACCAGAUUCGACUAAGGAAUUACAAGAGAGCUACGAUUCUUUAAUGAAAGCCACUGAACUACUGGAAAAAUCUUGUCAGGAAAAGGAAACUUUGAUCAAUCAAUACGAAGAGUUGGGUCCAAAAUUUGAUGAUAUUCGGACAGAGUUGGAAGCAGUAGAAGCCGACAUUAAAAUGAAAUUAUGGGUUUUGGAACAACUAGGAACUGCCGACAUAUCUUUCGAAUCCGCUUUUUAGACAUAAAUUCUUCGUUAUAAGUAUGCAUCUCAACGUAUGAAAUACUUGAGAAUAGUUUAGUAGAAAAAUAGAAAAACAUUUUUGUACUCAGCAAGUCAAUUAUGAAGAGCAUGUUUAUUAAUAAAUUUAGAUUUCAAAUCAA